GCCACCGCCGCCUCAGCCUGAGCCUCAGCCCCUGCUCUGAGGCGGCGCGAGCUAGCGCAGUCGCCGUUCGCGUCCGACGGAGGGGGGGCAGGCGGGCGUCGAGCUCGGUGAGGCGGCGCCGCCGCUGCUGCCGCCUGAGGAGAACCACGGAAGGGAGGCCGCAGGCGAGAGCCGCGAGGGCGAGAGGAGGGCAGCGAUGGCGGCGGCGUCCGUCGGCUGACCCGGCCUCUCGCCUUUGGGCCGGUGGGCCCGGCGCCCGCCUGAGGGGAGCCAUGUCGAACGCGGGGACCCGGAGGGCCGGAUCCAGCAUCAAAGUUCGCCUCACAGUGCUUUGUGCCAAGAACCUUGCAAAAAAAGAUUUCUUCAGGCUUCCUGACCCAUUUGCAAAGGUGGUGGUGGACGGUUCUGGUCAGUGCCACUCAACUGACACUGUGAAGAACACGCUAGAUCCCAAGUGGAACCAACACUAUGACCUAUAUGUUGGGAAAUCGGAUUCUAUCACCAUCAGUGUCUGGAACCACAAGAAAAUACACAAAAAGCAGGGAGCUGGCUUCCUGGGGUGUGUUCGACUCCUUUCCAAUGCCAUCAGUAGGCUAAAAGAUACUGGAUACCAGCGUUUGGAUCUAUGCAAACUAAACCCCACAGAUACCGAUGCAGUACGAGGCCAGAUAGUGGUCAGCUUACAGACACGGGACAGGAUAGGCACAGGAGGGUCUGUUGUAGAUUGCAGGGGGCUGCUGGAGAAUGAAGGAACGGUUUAUGAAGACUCAGGACCUGGAAGGCCACUGAGCUGUUACAUGGAGGAGCCGGCGCCAUACACAGACAGCACUGGAGCUGCUGGAGGAGGGAAUUGUAGAUUUGUGGAAUCCCCCAGUCAGGACCAGACACUCCAGGUGCAGCGUUUACGAACGCCUGAUGUGAGAGGCCAUGUACAAACCCCCCAAAAUAGGCCACAUGGUCACCAGUCCCCAUCGCCUGACCUGCCUGAAGGCUAUGAACAAAGGACAACAGUACAGGGACAAGUUUACUUUUUACAUACACAAACUGGUGUUAGCACAUGGCACGACCCCAGGAUACCAAGAGACCUUAACAGUGUGAAUUGUGAUGAACUUGGACCUCUACCGCCAGGUUGGGAAGUUAGAAGUACAGUGUCGGGAAGAAUAUAUUUUGUAGAUCAUAAUAACAGAACCACACAAUUCACAGACCCAAGACUGCAUCACAUCAUGAAUCACCAAUGCCAACUAAAAGAACCCAACCAGCCUUUGCCAGUGCCGAGUGAGGGGUCAUUGGAAGACAGCGAGGAGUUGCCUGCCCAGAGAUAUGAGCGAGACUUGGUGCAGAAGCUAAAGAUCCUCCGGCAUGAGCUCUCCCUCCAGCAACCCCAAGCUGGCCACUGCCGCAUCGAAGUAUCGAGGGAAGAAAUAUUUGAGGAAUCAUACCGGCAGAUAAUGAAGAUGAGGCCAAAAGAUCUAAAGAAGAGACUGAUGGUGAAAUUCCGAGGAGAAGAAGGCUUGGAUUAUGGUGGUGUGGCAAGGGAGUGGUUAUACCUUCUGUGCCAUGAAAUGCUGAACCCUUAUUAUGGACUCUUCCAAUACUCCACGGAUAACAUUUAUAUGCUGCAGAUAAAUCCAGACUCCUCUAUCAAUCCUGAUCAUCUGUCUUACUUCCACUUUGUUGGUCGGAUAAUGGGUCUGGCUGUGUUCCAUGGGCACUACAUCAACGGAGGUUUCACCGUUCCUUUCUACAAACAGCUGCUGGGCAAACCCAUCCAGUUAUCUGAUCUGGAAUCAGUUGACCCAGAACUACACAAGAGUUUAGUUUGGAUUCUAGAGAAUGAUAUCACUCCGGUUCUGGACCAUACUUUCUGCGUGGAGCACAACGCUUUUGGCAGGAUUCUGCAACAUGAGCUCAAACCAAAUGGAAGAAAUGUUUCUGUUACAGAGGAGAACAAGAAAGAAUAUGUGAGGUUGUACGUUAACUGGCGGUUCAUGAGAGGAAUUGAGGCCCAGUUCCUGGCUCUUCAGAAAGGCUUUAACGAACUUAUUCCUCAACACCUACUGAAGCCUUUUGACCAGAAGGAGCUUGAGCUGAUAAUAGGUGGCCUGGAUAAGAUUGACUUGAAUGACUGGAAGUCCAACACACGCCUGAAGCACUGCAUGGGAGACAGCAAUAUUGUCAAGUGGUUCUGGCAAGCGGUGGAAGCCUUUGAUGAGGAGAGAAGGGCCAGGCUGCUGCAGUUUGUGACGGGCUCCACGCGGGUUCCCCUCCAGGGUUUCAAGGCUUUGCAAGGUUCUACAGGCGCCGCAGGACCCAGGCUCUUCACUAUCCACCUGAUAGAUGCAAAUACAGACAACCUUCCGAAAGCUCAUACUUGCUUUAACCGAAUUGACAUUCCGCCUUAUGAGUCCUAUGAGAAGCUUUAUGAGAAGCUAUUGACAGCUGUGGAAGAGACAUGUGGGUUUGCAGUGGAGUGAUUGGGCAACCAAAGGAAACAGAUACUACUAGCUCAUGGACCACCAAAUCAAAAAGCUGUAAGAAGAAGCUUGCUGUGAACUUCUUUUGUCCAAAGCAUUGCGACGCUUGGCAACUGGGAGAGUGGAGGCUGCUUCCUCUCCUUCCUUCCUGUGGUGGUGUUGGGGGGGGCUUUUGUUGGGGGUUCCCAACCAUACUUUUCUCCCCUUUGUUACAAAAAAACCCCUCCCCAUUUCCCCCCCCCAUGUCCCAUGAAACAAAAGGCAGCCAGGUUCAGCAUUUGGUUUUGGUUACCCAAGAUAUUCUGCUAGACUCGUAACACAUAUUGUGAUAAGGUCAAUGACCUGUGGUCUUUUUUUAUAGGAGUAUCAAACUGUAGUUGAGUAUCUUGAGAUUGGUUUGCUGAGGACUUUCAACUGGUAGGUGUAUCUGGAUGUUUUGUCUUAAUGCAGUCCUGAGCCCUUGUAGCAUCCAGAAGCAUCCUAUAGAAACGAGACUGCCACCGGGAUUCCAAAUUGCACAUUUCAGAAUACCCAUUACAGAACAGUUAGCAGGAAAAGGCUCCGUAGGUGCAGACCGCUGAAGGUUAUUCCUUGAGAGGGAGCUUUUUGUCCAAGUGUGGUGGCUUGGCUCUUAAGAGAGAGGAACCCCGAGGAGUCCAAGCCAUCUUGAAUUGGGAGGUAAGUUUUCGUUCUGGAUGCUUUGUACAUGAGACAGAUUUGUUCUGUGGACUUGCUUCCCUUCUGUGUGUGAUUGAUGGCUUAUGUUAGAGAAUGUGGCAGUGGGGAAUGGGCCACAUUGUCAGCAGCCUGAAAAAGUUUUCUCCUGACAUUGUUUUUUCAGAUUCUCUCUUUUUUUUUUACUUGAAACUGCAGAAAUUCUUUUAAGAGGAAAUAGCUAAAAGCAAAACUAAUGGAACCAAGUUCCGUCGUUGAGCCACUUGGAGUGGAAAACGGCUCUGUUGAAAGAUGAAUAUAUAAUAAAGAUCUAACACAGGGGUUUUAAGCCUACAGAUACUGAGUAACCCAGAGUAUUGCUUUUGAACUCUUCUCCACCCUGACUUAUAUAUUUGAAGCUAAUGUUCAAGGUUGGUGUCAAGUCAUUGGUUUCACACAGCUUCUCAGAUGCAGGAGAAUCAACCCUGUCAGGUUAACCAAAAGGCCAACUAGUAAUCAAUUGUGAUUCAGUUCAUAAGAAUCCUCCCUCAAAUAUAUAUAUAUAUAUAUAUAUAUAUAUAUAUAUAUAUAUAGAGCAAAGAUGCAUAUUAACAGUUACUUUGGACAAGUAAGGACAUUGGGGUUCAGCCAUGGGUCAAAUGGUUCUUUUAGCUACAAGGAUAUUUCUGUUGUUCAUUUUCAUUUUCAUUUUUAAAACAUUGAAUUUGAUAAUAGCUUUAAACUGUGAUAUGACAGAUUUAAGUUAGAUACCUGUCAGAGUCCUAAAUCUUUUUUUCCUGUUGUUAACCGUAAUUUUUUUUUGUGAUGGACACAUGAGGAUUAUAUUUGAGAAAGGAAUUCUUUUUAUUUUGUGUUUUUUGCACCAUGUGGCUAAGUGUUGGAUUUUUUAGGUGAGCUAAGGUUUAACUUGAAAUUGCCUUUUGAAUCCAGGCGCACUUAAGGGACCAGUUAACUACAGCUAAGUUAUUUGGGAAGAGAAGUGUAUCAAGGAGGUUUGAGGGAUUUGGGAUUCACAUAUUUGGUUAAGCAUCUUUGUAAUUCUCUGGAUAACAGAAAUCUCACGAUCUUGCCAAAUGUCUGUGGAGAUCAGAUGUUGUUAUUGGACACAUUAGCCCUGUCAGUGGAAUUUGAAUGUACAAGGUUUCGUAGAGAUAGGAACGUCACACGAAAAGGUUUUCACAAGUCCUUUGCAUGCAAAUCUGAGGUGUUGGAAGUGAAAGGUCUUCCCUGAGCACAGAGGCUGAUCAGGUUGCCCAUGUGAGAUUAGCAACAGUUAGCAGUGGUGACUGUUCACCUGGAGGUGAAUCUGGCCAUGUGGUUUCAGCUUCUGUAUGGUUGGAGCCCACACCACGCCAACAUCAUUUGAGAUGGAGAAGUAAGCGAGCAGGUGGCCACCGAUGUGGCAGGCAUGCUCCGAGGGCAGCAUGAGCAUUGGCCCCGAGUCCGUAUUCAAGCCCUGAGCAUAUGGCACCUCUGUUAUAAUAGUGCAGAAGAUUGGGGGCCGUAUCUCUCCAGGAUAUUCUUUACAUUUCCCAUUUUGUGUCACUGUUCCAACACCCAAGAGCCCAAACAGACUGUUUGCUGCAUCUUAGCUUGAGGCAGCAGCAGCUGGGAUCAAAGGAAGGAAGAAAGCUCUAGACCAAAGGUUUUUUUCCCAGGGUGCUGGCUAGAGCGCCACAGACCACUUGCUUCUGCUCAGGCUGAAACUUCCACAUCUCCUCCCUGAACAAGAGAGGGUAUAAAAUAUAAGUGGGAUUCUUGCUGCUACAAUCUGCUGAGCUUCAGCACAGUCUUUGCUGGAAGCUUUUUCGCAGUUAAACCAUCCAAAGGACACACAACAGACUUGAUGGUUUUAUAUUUUCCCUGCAGUGGUCUCUGGGUAGAUUCAGGCCCUCCGGAACAGGGCUUGCAGCAAAUCCAUGGAAGUCCCACCCUAAGGCAGAUGGAGGUGGUGGUGAAGGGAACAGGAAGCUUCCUACUCUUAACGCAACUGACUUUCCAGCAGUAGUACACCUUUCCCCUCUCCCCUAUGUAGGAGGUGGUGAAAGGGCUAUUUCAGUUGAGACAGAGGAACAAGAGCAGGGCUACGUGCUUCCUCUUCCCCCAAGCAGUUUAUCACAUCCAAAGUCUCCUUUAAUCGAAAAUCUCCAGUAUGUUUAGCAGUGUAGGUCAGUGAUGCAAAUCUGCUUUUGUUUGUUUGUUUGCUCUUUUGUUUAGUUGCCCUGAAAUGCAUCAUCCUUCGUUUAUGCACUCAGGGAUGUAGGAAAUUGCCACUCCUUUUGUGUUACGAAUUGGAAAGGUAUGAGUGAGUAGCCCAAGGUCUAACCUGGACAUAUUGGAGCAACUUUUUGUUUCUGAAGAGGCUGCUUGCUCAGCAUGGGGCGUGGUUUAUGAAACCUCAACUAUCAUUCAGACGCCUCUUUGCCCCACUUCCUUAGUCCAUUGCCCAGCAUACUACACUGUAGAGCACAGAAAGUUUUCCAGAAAUGCAGUACAUAUUUGUUCUUACUCAGUUAACUUUUUUUUUGUUCCUCAACCACUUUAUAAUGUAUUUUUUAACUUAUUAUUUUGUAACGUCUUGUUUUUAAGUAUUGCUGCUACUCCUUGUUACUCUUCUCACCAUUUUUAUUGCGAAUUUUAUUUUGUGAAAAAGUUGUACACUAAUGUUCUUCAUUUUAUGUCUAAAUCAAAGUAUUUAAAGAAAUACUAGUUCUAUUUAACGUGGUUAUGGAGCCAGCUGGAAUAAACCGUGAUUGUAUAGCAGGCUGGGCCCAGGAGGUCAUGUUCAUUUUUGUUACAUAUGCAAUAAACUCUCACAACUUUAAA